GCCUAUGUUUCUCCAAAGGAGGGGAGCAUGAUGGGGGGAGUUGGUUCCCCAGAAGCAUCUCUAUCUGAUAUCUGAACGACAUUGUCAAGCACAGACGACGCAUACACAGUGUUUCCUAACCAUUCACUUGGCUAUAUAUUGCAUCAAAUCAACAUGACUCCUCCUCACGCAUCAGACGGAAUUUCACCAGAGGUCAGCCUGACGCGACUGGCUGCGAGACGUCUUCGAUCAAUUGCGAGUGGGCAAUUUUCACCAGAGGUCAGGGAGAAGGUCGUCGUGUGCUUGGUCGACUACCAUGGCGCGGUCCAGACUGGUCUCUCGACUCCGUGGAGCGCCACCUUGAUCAAGUAUGCGACCACUCGCCCUGGUCCGGCUGAAGCUCAUGCUUGGGGUACCAAGUCCAAAGUCUCGGCUGAGAUUGCAGCCUUUUUCAACGCGACAUUGGCUCAUAGUGCCAUCCGUGACGACAUGCAUCUCGAAUCCUGUUCUCAUAUCGGCUCGAUCGUGAUUUCUGCCGCCAUUGCUCUUGCGCAGCGCGAUCACUGGUCUGGGGAGCAGUUGGUUCGGAGUGUAGUAGCCGGGUACGAGAUGGCUGCCCUCCUGGGUACGGCUAUUCGAGCGAGCGGUAACUUCAAUCCCCAUUUUCGACCAAGCGGACUUGUUGGAGCCUUUGGAGCGGCAUCCGCCGCCGUUGCAGGGUACGGCUGCAGUGAAGACGUCGCCGUGAGUGCACUAGGAUUCGCUAUGAAUGCUGCUUGUGGGCUCAACGAGUGGGCUUGGGCUGGAGGGUUGGAAAUCUUUGCGGAGAUGGGCACUGCGAGCCGGUCUGGUGUUCAGUCAUACGAUCUGGCAGAUGCAGGAUUCCACUGCAGUGAUACUGUACUCGAAGGCAGAGAUGGCAUGUUUCAAGCGCUCGGUGUUGGCUCGAGUGGUGUCGAAACAUUUCGAGACUGGAUUGCACGGUCUGAUAUCGGCAAAUGCAUCAUGGAUGUUCGUUUCAAACCCGUGGCCGGGUGCAAUUUUGCGCAGACUCCCCUGGCUGCGGCCCUCAAGCUGCGACUGGACCGGCCACUUGAUACUCGGAAGAUCAUUGUUACUGCCACGUCGCAAGCCGUCAAGUAUCCUGGAUGCGAUAACUCCGGACCACUGGAAAAUAUCCAGCAGAGCAAGAUGAGUAUACAGUAUGGUGUGUGUGCGGCACUCAUAUUUGGCCGGCUUGACGAAGAGGUUUUCAGCAAGGUUGGCAAUCAUCAAAUCACGGAAAUGAUGGGAAAGUGCGAAGUGAAGGCCGACUCGCAGUUUGACCGAGAGUUUCAGAAAGGCUUACAGCCAGCUCAAGUGGAAGUGCUGUUGUCUGAUGGCACCCGUCUGUGCCAAAAAUUGGAUGAUGUGCCCUGGUUGACUCCGGAUGAUGUGAAUUCGCGUUUUCGUGUCGAGAUGGCUCAAUCUCUCCCAGACGACAAGGCGGCGAGCCUACUGACCGCUUUGCAUCAACUGAAACCCCCAGGACAAGUCCAAGAUGUCUCCAAGAUCAUCGCAGAGAUCGAUGCGCGUUGA